GCUUUAUUCAGUUUUUUUUUCUUCUUUCUUCUCGUCUCGCUCAUACAUCAUGUCGUCCUUUCAAAGAAAGCCUUCUGCCAACGGUGACAGACACCACCCUCACACACUUUCCACCCUCGAUUUCCAAGGUGCCAGUUCAGCUGCUGCUGCCAAGGCAAUGAAGUCCGAAUUGAGCAAACUCGGUUCCCACAUCACGAAUGAGGACCAACGCAAAUACUUUGCCCAGGAAAUGGAUGGCUUCUAUAUGCUGUUUACACGUUUCCUUGAUGAGAAGGCCAAGGGUACCAAGCUGGACUGGGAUAAAAUUCAAUCGCCUUCAUCUGAGCAAGUGGUUCCCUACAGCGAUCUCUCCGAAAGUCUUUCUUCCAGCGAAUUAGAUAAAUUGGCCGUGCUUAAAUUGAACGGUGGUUUGGGCACCACCAUGGGCUGCGUCGGUCCAAAGUCUGCCAUUGAAGUGCGCGAAGGCAUGACCUUCCUCGACUUGAGUGUUCGCCAGAUCGAGUAUCUGAACAAGAAGCAUGAUGUCAAUGUGCCGUUUAUCUUGAUGAACUCUUUCAAUACGGAUGAAGAGACAAAGCGCAUUGUGCAAAAGUAUGCAAGCCAUAACGUCGAUAUCAUCACCUUCAACCAGAGCCGUCAUCCUCGUAUCAAGAAGGAAUCAUUGUUGCCUGUGCCUCGUUCUGCCGAUUCGCCUAUUGAACAAUGGUAUCCUCCUGGCCACGGUGAUUUGUAUGAAUCGCUUUACAACUCCGGAUUGUUGGAUCAGCUUUUAGCUCAGGGCAAGGAGUAUCUCUUCAUCUCCAACGUUGAUAACCUUGGUGGUACCGUGGAUUUGAACAUCUUACAUCAUAUGGUCGAGAAGGAUGCGGAGUUCUUGAUGGAAGUGACUGAUAAGACCAAGGCCGAUAUCAAGGGUGGUACCUUGAUCGAUUAUGAUGGUCAUAUCCGUCUUUUAGAAAUUGCUCAGGUACCGGAUGAGCAUGUCGAAGAUUUCAAGUCUAUCAAGAAGUUCAAGAUCUUCAACACCAACAACUUGUGGAUCAACCUCAAGGCCAUCAAGCGCGUUAUGGAUGAAGAGGGCAUGGAAUUGGAAAUCAUUGUGAACCACAAGACUACCGAGAGCGGUGAAAAGGUGAUUCAAUUGGAAACUGCCGUCGGUGCUGCCAUUAAGCACUUCAAGAAUGCCCACGGUAUCAAUGUGCCACGUACUCGUUUCUUGCCUGUGAAGUCGACUUCCGAUCUUUUCUUGGUGACUUCAAACCUGUAUUCCCUGGUGCACGGUGAGUUGGUGAUCAACCCGAAGCGUAUGUUCAACACAGUGCCUCUGGUGAAGCUGGGUGAUCAUUUUAAGAAGGUCGCGCAUUUCCAGAACCGAUUUAAGACGAUUCCUCAUAUCCUCGAACUGGACCACCUUACAGUGACGGGUGAUGUCACUUUUGGCUCUCACGUCGAACUUCGUGGCACGGUCAUCAUUGUGGCCAAUCACGGAGAACGUAUCGAUAUCCCUUCAGGCUCCAUUCUCGAGAACAAGGUUGUCACUGGCAACCUGCGCAUCCUUGAUCAUUAAAACAAAACGGAAACCGGUUGUACUUUCCCUAUACUUAUUUGUCUAAAAUAAUAUACUGUAUGUUCAUAUCCACAUAAUUAAAUUUUUGGGAAAUUAGCGAUUUGUAAAUCACAUCAACACUAAGUUAUCAGGACCUGUUGAACCUUUUUUUUUUAUCUUUCAACCAUGCCUCGCUGCCCACUUUCACGAUAAUAGGCGAAACAAUCAGCAG